AUGUGUGAGGAAGGAGCCGCCAAGCUGCGCCUGAAGCCCCGGACGGCGCCGCCCGCCCGCGGCCGGGAGCGCAGCCCCGACCCCGAGCCCCCGCCGCGGCCCCAAUGUUCCUGGUUUGAAAAGGAAGAAUUAAAUGAGUGUGAAAAAACCUGGCUUCUGCUACUGAAAGACAUCAGUCAAGAUUCAGAGUGCACAAACUGGGACACAGUGCCCAGCUUUCCAGAGUUCCUGGAAAAGAAACAACAGGAAAAGAGUCCAGAACACCAGGAAGUCUUUACAGUUGGAACUAAAGAAUUUCAGUGGGUGUCAUUCCCACCUUUUCACCAAGAAAAAUGUCUGAACCCCACGGAUCUGAGCUCCCCACAGCCAGCACAGAGCCAGAGCAAUGAAUUACAUAAAGGCCAGGGCCAAGCAGAUAAACUGAAGAGUUUAUCAUCCACAGCUGAGAAAACCUGCAGGGGAACCAGCAGAGAUGAAGCCAGACCUGCACCUGGAGCAGACACAGAAGGUGUUGCAGAGCUGGAUGUCAGUCCCAAGCCGUGUAAAGUCCCUGGGCACAGCAGCUCAGCACAGCCCCCAGCGCUGGCACAAAGCCCUGCAGGAGCUCUGGGCCCUCAGCAGCAGCACACAGGGACUGCAAAGAGCAGCAGGGCAGACAGGAGAGAACAGGGUGAGGAAAAACCUCAGAUCCAAACACACCAGGGGGAGCUUCCAGCAGGGGAGGACACAGGGGUGCCUGUGGAGAAGCCUCAGACUGGGAGUGCUCCUGGGGCUGAGAGCCACGAGGAGAAAAUGGAAAUCCAGAGUGAAGCAUCUUCAGUUCUUGACAGUUGUCCCAUGUGUCUGAUGCAGUUCAGUGGAAGACUCUCCCAGCUGGACAUGGAUGGGCACCUUGCCAGGUGCCUGUCUGAGAGUGCAGAUGAUGUCCUGUGGUGACUCCAGAGUGGGGAGCACAGCGACCAGGCAAGGAUGAAACUCUCUCAAAGGAACAGGAAAAUGUGUCAGGAAGCACAUCCUUGUCUCUGACAAAGCAGUAACUCAACAGAAGGAUAAGUGCCUCCUGCCUAUUUGGUUUGGUUUUAUUUUAUUUAUCUGUUUCAGAGGUUGGACACAGCCCAUUGCACUGAUAAAUAAUAACAGUCUGUGAACUUUUUCAUUAAAGUCUUUAAUAGAUGUGCAAGAAUAUAAAUGAUCUCAGCUGUUAUGGAUUAGUAUACCAUCUUCUGCACAAUUAAAACUGGUCAGCAAAGAUCCCAACUAAUUAAUUAUACAAAACUACAAGAACAUAUUUACUGUUUUACAAUCAUUAAAUUAGCUAGAAUUUUCAUUUACUAUUUCAAAUAAGACAACUAUAUAUCAUUACCAGAUCCAUUUGUAAUAUAUUAGGAUUUUUUUUUCCAAACCACACAUUUAAUUACAUCCUUCAUUUUCUUUUAUUUAUAAAACAAGUACUUUAUAUAAAAAAUUUCCCCUUCAUCAUGAACAGAACAUUAUUCAAACACUUGCACAUGAGCAACCAAACUUGUACCCAGCAAACUAUUUGGCAACACAGCAACAUUGUAAAUGCCUGUAAAUUCUUAAAUAAAAAUCAAAUAGUCUUUACAA